AGGAUCAAUCUACAAUAAAUCACUCUCUCAUGUACUCCUAUUAUAUAUAUAUAUUGUAUGUGGGGAUAGUAUUAUCCUCCACAAUAUAGAGGAGUACGUGAAACACUUCCCACUUUUCAUGUCCCUGAUCUUUCCAUCCUCUCAUUUCUCAAGCCUCUUAGUUUGAUUCAUUUCUGAGGGAAACUGCGAUUCAAGUUGUCAAACGCUCCCUUAGGAGAAUUGAAAUACUAGUUUCUUCAUUAUGUAUGUUACUCGACCAUUAUCACACUAUUUGCAGGCUGCUAAAGAUGGGAACUUGGUGGGUAGCCAAUUUCUUGGGCCACCGGAGGGUCCUUUCUCCGGCUACCUUCUCCUCCGAGACUGUGGGGAAGAUUCAGUUGUAAGCACUUGCUUCUGGGGACUAUGCGAGGAUACGAAAGUGAGGGAGUUGCCCUUUCCACAGGACAAAUGCAUUCGUAUGUGUUACACUCAGCAAUAUGGACCGCAGACCGUUUUCAUUCACAUCGAUCACGCCUUUUUCAUCCCGGUCCUCGGCCAGCCCUUGUCAUCUAAUAUCUACUAUGCUGUCAAAGAAAAUGGCAAACAUAAGGGGUUGGUGUGUACUUCUUCACAGGACGCCGAGAAGACAACCUUCGGCUGCUGUAAAUGUGUGAAAGACAAGAUUCCAUGUCCUUUCAAUCCUGAUAAUAUCUAUCAACAUAUCAACGUUAUUCCUAAGAAAAAACUUUUUUGUAAAAGUUAUACUAGCAAGUCUGUAGCAUCAGAUGGCUACCCACCGCUUUUCCUACGAAGGAAUGGGUGGACAAGUCACAUUUCAAAAUCAAAGAGUUUGAAAUUGGAUCGAGCCGAAGGCAUGAAUUCUUCUCUUCGAGCACAAUUUCCCCCUUGGGAUGCCGCAAACCCCGCAGAAGAGCCGAUAUGCAUCAAAGUAGGGGAGUGGUACUGUCCUUUUAUCUUUGUUAAGGAAAAAGGGGGGCUUGACAAGCCAAAACAGCAAUUGAAGGAGAGCAUGUAUUAUAAGAUGAGCUUGGAGCAGCAAUGGGAGGAGAUCCACAGUUGUAAAGGAUUUGGAGGUGGAACAGUUAUGGUGGAUACAAGUAUUAGGAGUGAAGAAGGUCUCUUACUGGGAAAGGAGGCAACAUAUGAAACACAAGACCAUGAGAAUGGCUUAGUGUGGUUUGAAACAAAAGGAAAAAGUGGUGUGCAAGGAGGACUAAUGGGAAUAGGCCUGAGCAAAGUAAUUAUGGAGAAGAUAAAAUGGGACCAAAAUAUAAUUGGAAACGGAGGGGAUAAGAAGGAUGUGAGAGUGGAGAAGGUCCUCCACCCUAGUCAUAAAGGUCAAUGGACCUUCUCAUUAUAUGCCUUGGUGGAAAGGUAUAUGUUAAGGAGAAUGGAUGAAAGCUUGGUCUUCAGCUAUAUUUUCAGGCAUCCCUACCAAUUGAGAGAAAAGUGGGAAUAGCCAUGGUAGCCUCACCUUCUUAAUCCCAACAAUAAAUC